GCUCCCAAAGCGAGGGUUCUCAAGUUAUGUUCCAAAAUGGCGCUGGGACGAGUAUUUGCAUUUGCAGCGUUUUUAAGGUUUUGUUUCAUUCUUUAUGGUAUUUGGCACGAUUCAAAAUUCAGAGUUAAGUAUACAGAUAUUGAUUACAUUGUCUUCAGUGAUGCUGCACAACACAUGGUAAAUGGAAGCUCACCUUACAGCCGAGCGACCUAUCGUUAUACGCCGCUCCUUGCCAUCCUCAUGACACCAAAUUCAUUUCUCCAUCCCUCCUAUGGAAAAAUUUUCUUUUCGAUUUGUGACCUUAUUGUUGCAUGGUUAAUCUUACUUAUAAAGAAAGAAGAACAUCUGCUGGACUGCUCAGGUGAAGGGAAACAAACGGGAGCUAAUGAAUUGUACUUCGCCGCAUUUUUCUGGCUGUUCAAUCCUUUUUCAUUGACAAUAUCAACAAGAGGAAACGCCGAGUCUUUUCAGGCAAUUUUGGUACUAACAACGGUGCUGUUUGCUAUCAAAAGGAAGACAAUUAUAGCUGGAAUAUUUUUUGGCCUGGCCAUCCAUUUCAAAAUCUACCCAAUUAUCUAUAUUAUCCCGCUCGUUUUACACAUUCUUGGGGCUUCUGGCUUCAAUUAUCCCAAGUCAUGGAGCUUUUCUGAAUUCCAAAAUUGUGUCAAAUUGGUUUUAAAGACUUUGUUACCCUUCAUUUUAUCUGCUGGUUUUAUGCUGUGCUUUGUAACUUCUGUUUUCUAUGCAUGGUACAAUAUGGAAUUCAUUGAGCACACAUAUCUAUAUCAUUUGAAAAGAACUGAUAUUAAGCACAAUUUCUCUCCAUACUUUUAUGUUCUCUACUUGACUUCAAAAACAUCAUGGUCCCAGACUAUUGGAGUCCUUGCCUUUCUACCUCAAGCAAUUUCAGUUAUAGCUGUUGGAAUAAAAUAUCAUUCGAAACCAUCAGUUGCCUGUUUUUUCCAAACAUUUGCAUUUGUUACUUUCAAUAAGGUCUGCACAUCACAGUAUUUCAUCUGGUACCUCAGUCUUCUGCCAAUAGCAGCAGGAUAUAUGAAGAUCAAUAUGAAUUAUGACAUGCCUGUGAUGUUAUUUCUUUGGAUGUGUGCCCAGGGCAUUUGGUUGCUUCUAGCUUACUUGUUGGAGUUCCAGGGACUUGAUACUUUUUUCCUUGUUUGGCUAGCCUCAGUAUGGUUCUUCUGUGUAAACAUAUACAUAAUGGUCAAGUUAAUGUCCAGUAUAUCAUUUAAAGAGGCCUCAAAAGUUGUUACAGAUGCAAAAAAGAAAGAAUGAACAUUAACCUAGUAGGUUAUGCCUGGAAAAUGUAUUUCUGUGCUUUCCUGCAAUAGACACAGGAAAUUAUGCUUAAAGCCUCUACGCAAGCCACCUGCAGGACUGUGUUGACAGUGCUACAGCAAAUUUAUUAAGUAUUACAUCAAAUUGCAAGGACUAAUGUGAACACUUCAUAAAAGUAUUAAGUGUAAAAACUGCAAUUAACUAAUUUAUUAUUUCAUGUUGAUGUAUUAUUAAAUUAUAUUUUUAGGGCUUUUUGUUCAAUAUUUACGGCCUGUCACAUUUGAAUUAAUUUCAAUUCCGAGUAUUAAUCAGUCUCAAACGAAUACAUCAAAAAUUAAGAUGCUUAGUGCAUAUUGUUAAAAUAUAACCUGAAGUUGUUCUCUCCUUUUUAUUCCUUUGCUUCAAUGACAGAGGAUAUAGUAUCUCCUUCAUGAGUUCUUCGUCUUCUUUGCGGCUUUCACUUUUGAUAUUCACUUUAACUGGUUCUUUCUCUUUCACCUGUUGCCACUUCUCUGAUCUCAUUGAUGUCUUUCAUGUCAUAUGUACCAAAAAAAGUUGUUGAAAAUGCUUCAAAGAAUUUCGAUUUGUUGAUGACUGAAUUUCUUGGUUUAGCGGAAAGUAUUAUUACUGGCUGCGUGACUGGCAAAAUUUUAAACAAAGUUGAUGUUUUGAUUAAAGUUUAGAGGAGAAGAAAGCAUAUUUUUGAGAAUAAAGGAGAAAAUGAAGGACAAAGCAAACCAGAUAGCUUACAAGUUAUAGGUGCUGAGCAAAUUCUAGAGAGAUUUCAAGAGUAAAGUCUUUGUUACUAUUAUGUUCUCGUUUUCAAAAUUGUAACGCUCUUUAUAAGCUUUUUGUGUCUACAGGUAGUUGCUGCAAUCUUAAAUUUUCAAAAACAAAUCUCUCCAUUGUAGCUUUAUCACUACACAAAAUUUGAGUUUAUAACUGCACAAUUACAAAUUAUCACUGCAUAAAUUGGUCAUCACUGUACGUCAAAAUAAACUCUGGCCUAGUCAAUUAGCCAGGAACCUAGGGGCGUCAGAAGCACUUCAACAACCGAGAGGCAUAGGCCUAGGUUGGAAAGGGUUUUGUCUUCAAAAAUUCCGACCA